AUGGUUGUGAAAGAAAAGGAAAAGGAUGGAGAUCCUGAUGUUCCUCCUGGUCUUGGUUUUCGUCCCAAAACUAACGUUAAGGAGUUGGGAAUUUCGGUGAGAAAGACAGCGGCAAUUGUGGAAAUGUUCGCCCUGGUUUCCUUUUGGCCUUAA